AGAGACAACUGCAAACCUCCCUAAAUCGCAUAGACCAUUGGUCCAAGACCAAUGGUUUUAGUUUUAACAUGGAGAAGACCUCGUGCAUCCACUUUUGCCGAAGGCGUGGUUUGCACUUGGAUCCCAAAAUUUACCUAAAUGGGGUCAAAAUCCCAAUGGUGAAUGAGGCAAAAUUUUUGGGUGUUUUGUUCGACCAUAAACUGACAUUUUUGCCGCACAUGCGCAAUUUGAAGAGUAGAUGUUUAAAAUCCUUAAACCUUUUAAAGGUAUUAUGCUGCCUAUCCUGGGGAGCAGACAAAUGUUCUAUGCUCAGGAUUUAUAAGGCCCUUGUCUGCUCUAAGCUGGACUACUGAUGUGUUGUGUAUGGCUCUGCGAGGGAAUCUACUCUUCGGAUGCCGGAUCCAAUUCACCAUCAAGCAUUACGUCUGUGCACUGGUGCCUUCCGCACCUCUCCUGUCCAAAGUCUGUACGUGGAUGCUUAUGAGUCUCCACUAUCUCUUAGGAGAGAACAAUUGUCUCUUUUUUUAUUAUAUAAAACAGAAAUCUCAUACUAAACCUUCAGUUGAAUUUACAGUAUCAGAUACUCAGCUGAAAAGUCUAUUUGAAGCUCGCCGAAGUAGUGUCCCUACAUUCAACAUAAGAAUGGAGAAUGUAAGCAGCACGAUUGACAUUAACACAAGCAACAUCUCACAUGUUGAGGCUAAUAGUAUUCCACCUUGGUGGAAUACUAUUCCCUGCGAUAGAUGUUGAUUUAAGCUUAAAGCAGUUUCCAAAAGAAACCACCCCAGACUAUGUCUAUAGACAGCACUUCGCAGAAAUUCAACAUCGUGACAGGAAUUUAAUUCCUAUAUACACCAAUGGAUCUAAAUCAGAUAACUAUGUUGGCCUAGCCUUUGUUUGCCAGGAUGAAAUUGUGGCAGAGCAAAUAGCACCGAAUUCUUCCAUCUUUUCUACGGAGUUGCAGGCUAUUUAUUUAGCCUUAAAGUAUAUAAAUAGGAAAGGUCAUUGUUGCUGCGUGAUUUACACUGACUCAGUUAGUGCACUUCAGGCUUUGAUCUCACCAGAACCUAGUUUCCACUCCAUAGUGACUAAAAUUCGUAAACUGUUUUGCCAUCUUCUUGCAAGGAGUUUCUUUGUAAAAUUUUGUUGGGUCCCAGGCCAUGUAGGUAUAAGAGGAAACGAAGAAGCUGACACAGCUGCAAAGUCAGCAAGUUUUCCACAGCAUACAAUGCGUAUUGAAGGAGGUGAUUUGAAGCUAGUCGUUAAAAAACGACUAGCAGACAGAUGGCAAAUUGUGUGGAAUGCACAAAUCCACAAUAAACUAUAUGAGAUCAAACCUUUAGUAGAAAAUUGGACACAUAAUAGGCAGUAUGAUAGGAGAUCUGAGGUUGUCCUUACUCGUUUGAGAAUUGGACACACUCGACUGACUCAUCAAUACCUUUUGAAGGGAGAUGACAAACCAGUAUGUCAGUACUGCAACUGUGCUGUAAGUGUUAAACACAUAUUUUGCAAAUGUGUUGCUUUUGAUCAGAUUCGUAGACAGCAUUUCAGAAAUGCAAACUUUACAGACAUUUUGGGCCAGAGGCCAAAUCUUGAUAAUAUACUGGACUUUCUGAAAGUCAUUAAUAUGUAUAGAGAAAUAUGA